AUGCGACAAACCGCAAUUACAUGGAAGAAAGUGAGGAAGGAAGGAGCCGAGGAGGCGGUGGACGGGAGGAAACCCCUGCAGGGCGCCCAAGCGGAAAUAAUCUGCUCUUGCGAAGAAGGCACCGAAAACAGUCCUAUGAGAACAACCUCGAGUCAUGUGAGCGCUGGUUCUGCGUUGCAGCUCUCGAGCAGCGAAGGAAGAAGCGUCGCUACGGCAGGGGCGGAGAAGGGCCCCUCAGGGGGCAGCCUUCACUGCUCUUGUCAGGCCUGCGCGUCGUCUUUGCUGUUGCUGCUGCUGCUGCGCCUUGGCGUGCGCAGCCUUUGCGCUGCACCGGCUGCUAACGCAGUUUUGUUCUGUGGAACUUGCGAUGAGCCGCAUAGGCAGCGCCGCUUUUUUCACAGGCUCCUCUGCGCAGAGAGCGAGUGGCCUUGGUUCGACAUGAGGGGAAGGGAGGAGAGGGAGGCCCUAAGAGGGGGCCCCUGCAAGCGCCCUUCGGGGGCACCCCUACGGCUCGCUUCGAGGAGAGAGGAAUAUUCAGCGCUCAGCAGAAUCGGCUACAAGCUCCUGCCGCACGAAGGCGACUCUCUGGAGAGGCCUCCGGGAGCUGGGAAUGUGAGAAGUCCGCUAGAUGCCAGCGGCCUAGCGGUGCAAAUUUCCGACUCGCUUCGCUCCCCGGAAAUUUGCACGCAAGCACCGCCUCUGCUGCGCUUUCUGACGGAGCUGCCUGAGGCGCUCAACACGCCACCAGGCCUUCUGAUGCUGUUGCAACCCUCGCGCUGGCUGCGUCCAAUAGAGCGCCUGGGGCCCUGCAAACUCUUAGCUCUGCAGCAGCUCACGGACAAGAAGCGUUUCGGCCUGUUUCUCUCGCUCGUGGUAAGGGCAGCCGCCGCUGCCGCUCCUCGCAGUACGAGCGCCGCUGCCUCAAGCGAAGGGGGGGAGGGGCCCUCCAGCAGCAGCAGCGGCAGGGGGCCCCCCCCAGGUGAAGGGCGGAGCCACCGUUCCGUGCCCGGCCGUGCCGUUGUUGCCGAGGCCUUUCUUUGUUGCAGCCGCUGCUGCUGGCGCUGUGGCGGGCUUCAGCGUGUAACGGCUCGCGGCACUGUAGCGCUGUGCUGCUGCCUGGAGCAGUCUGAGUGGCUGUCCAUGCUUCGCAGCCGGUUUGCAUACAUCCUCCUGCUUUUCUACGGGGUCUUGGGGCCUUUUGAGGGGCUGGAUGGCGACGUGCGAGCCGGCUCUUCUGCUGACCCCUCCGUUCCCAGCGGCUCUGCUGCGCUUAUGGUUGCCGAUAUAUCGCAUGCCGGUACGGAGACUGGCUAG